CACUGCAUCCCUUCCAACUCCUACAGUUCCUGCUCUCUCUGAAAUUUCGGUGUUCAUUUUGUGUACGUUCGUGUUUUUCACGUUUCGUUAACCUCUUCCAAAAGCCUUAUUUUUCGAUUUCUAUCAUUUGUUGUUUCACCAACCGUCUAGGAAUCGUAAUUUAAAAUGGGUAAACCUCGUGGUAUUCGUACGGCCCGUAAACACGUAAACCAUCGUCGUGUGCAAAAGUGGGCCGACAAGGACUACAAAAAGGCACAUUUGGGAACAAGAUGGAAGGCCAAUCCUUUCGGAGGAGCUUCCCACGCAAAAGGAAUUGUUUUAGAAAAAGUUGGAGUUGAAGCUAAACAGCCUAACUCUGCUAUUCGUAAGUGUGUCCGUGUACAACUUAUCAAAAAUGGAAAGAAAAUCACAGCUUUUGUACCCAGAGAUGGUUGUUUAAAUUAUAUUGAAGAAAAUGACGAAGUAUUGGUAGCUGGAUUUGGUAGGAAAGGUCACGCUGUUGGAGAUAUUCCUGGGGUUCGUUUCAAGGUAGUCAAAGUAGCGAAUGUUUCAUUACUUGCUUUAUACAAAGAAAAGAAAGAGAGGCCUAGGUCUUAAAAACUUAAUAAUGUGGAUUUUUAUUAUCAUUUAAUAAAUAAAAACAAUUUUUAAAGUGA